AUGUCCGACGCCCAUAGCACAGAUCUCCGACGGAGGGCUGAGCCGUCUCCAGCUCAUUUUGAGGAAACGGUCAAGCUUUUGCACGCCACUAUACCAGAGCGUGUAUGUAUCCGCGACACUCCUGAGUACGAAGAUGCUCGAAAGGGCUUCUGGGCCCUUGAACAGGCCCAGUGCAAGCCACACUGCAUCAUUCAGCCAUGCAACAGUCAGGAGGUGUCAGACGUUAUGCGAAUCUUGAGAAACACUGGAUGCCCGUUUGGAGUCAAAAGCGGCGGGCAUGGCAGAUUGGCAGGGGAGUCAUCGGUGUCAAGUGGUGUACUCAUCGACUUGAAACGACUUGACAAGGUUGAGCUAUCCGCAGACAAGACUUCUUGCAAGGUUGGGCCAGGAAACAACUGGAAGAAUGUUUACGGCCACUUGAACCCCAAGGGGCUGAUAGUCGUGGGUGGAAGAGCUUCGACGGUCGGAGUUGGGGGGUUCUGCGUCUCAGGAGGAAUAUCUUUCUUCUCUAAUCGUCACGGGUGGGCAUUGGACAAUGUCCUCUCUUUCGAGGUCGUCCUUGCUGACGGAAGUAUCGUGCAAGCCAGCCCAGAGAGCAACGCCGACCUGUAUAAAGCACUUCGCGGUGGUGGCGCCAACUUUGGUAUUGUCACAGAGUUCACAUUAAGCGUGUAUCCUUACCAGGACCUCUGGGGAGGCGGUAUCGCCUACGAAUGGCAACAAGCGGACGACGUCAUUGACGCUUUCAUUGCGUACGGCAAUGACAAUGUCGGCAACAGAGAUUCCUCUGUUAUCCUUGCCGCCCUCAACUACGAAGGCCAGUGGCUCUAUCAUACUGACAUCGAGCACCUGAAGCCGACUGAGCCAGAUAGAGAUUCCGUCCUGGGCAAGUUCCUCCAGAUCCCUUCACUUGGCAUCACGGCGGGGCAUGCAAGCCUAUCGGAGCGCACCGAUAGCAUAGCCAGCCACACCCCUAAAGGACUCUGCAACGGCUAUUAUACAUUCUGCACAAAAGUCGACAAACGUAUCAUAAAGUUCUUCUUUGAAACCUGGCGUGCAGAGACUGAUCGCAUCAUUGGCGAGCACGGGAUCGACGGAGCUCCUCUUGCGGAUAUAAAUUUCGUUCCUCAAAACAUCAUCGACGCCAUGAGCAGGAACGGCGGAAACGCUCUUGGCAGAGCAGGCAAAGAGCCUUUCCUGGUAUACCUCUUGGAACGAAAUUGGUCAAACCCAAACAACAGCCAGCACGUAUGGAAGGCCAUGCGAGCCACGGUAGUAAAGACACUGAGCAAGGCGAAAGAGCUGGGAAAAGAAGACGAUUAUGUCUAUCUCAACUACGCAAACCCAUUCCAAGAUGUAUUCGAUGGGUACGGGAAAGAGUCGACAGCUUUUCUCACUGGCGUCAGUAGAAAAUACGAUCCUGAUGGCCUCUUCCAAUUUCAGAGAAAGGCAGGUUGGCACCUCAACGGACCGCUGAGGCCGAUAGAUAAAGAAGCACCGUGGCACGCAGCAGACAGUGUUAUGUUGUGA